GUUGCAACAGGGGAUGAAGUCGAAACAUGCAACAGUGCUGACAUGAGCAGCUCAGACAGACUGCUCUGUGUCGUCUUCAGAGGUUAUCUCUGCUCUGUUAUGUUGAGGGUUUCCCUCCCGAGCAGCCACUGUCAUUUCUUAUCUCAACAGCUGGGUGGAGUAAAAGCCGGUGUCAACACAUUCUUCAAAGGGAAUUUCUCAGAAAGCUGAAGUGUAUAUACUCAGGAGCCGGUUAGACAUCUCAAUUAAAGGCUGAUCAGUCUAAAGUGGUUCGAGGCAAAGAGGAAGUCAGACAGCUGAAUAGUUUUUGGCAGCGUCACGUGGAACGAAAGUGAUACUUUUUUUCCCUCCUAUUUUCGUUUUUUUUCUUUUUUUGUUUCUUUUUUAAAGGAAAUCUUAAGUAGGUUAGUGUAGUGGUGACUGUGCUUCACUUCAGUUCAGUUCAUUUCUGGAGCAGAUAAUGGGGGACAGGUGCGCUCCGGAUACGAUGGAGAAUGGUCCACACAUGGGAGUAAUAGGUCCAGCUGCCGCGGACCCCAUUGAACACAGCGGGAUCAUAAACAGGGAGAACGGCUCGGGGGUCACUACGCGUCUAUACAUGAGGCGAUGGGUGAUAGUGUUCCUGUUCAGCUCUUACUCUCUGGUCAACGCUUACCAAUGGAUCCAAUACGCGAUCAUCAGCAACAUAAUCAUGAAGUUCUACAACGUGGAAGCCUUCGCCGUGGACUGGCUGUCUAUGGUCUACAUGCUCACCUACAUCCCCUUCAUCUUCCCAGUCACCUGGCUCCUGGAUAUUAAGGGACUGCGGGUCACAGCGCUGAUUGCGAAUGCGCUCAACUGCGCCGGGACGUGGAUAAAGGUGGCCAGUGCCAAACCCAGCCUAUUCUGGGUGACCAUGCUCGGACAGUUUAUGAGUUCCUUUGCCCAGGUUUUCAUCCUCGGGAUGCCCUCCCGCCUGGCGUCGGUGUGGUUCGGAGCGAAUGAGGUUUCCACCGCCUGCUCCAUUGGAGUUUUUGGCAACCAGUUGGGUAUUGCCAUUGGGUUCCUGGUUCCACCCAUCCUCGUGCCUAACGUGGAUGACAUGGACGAGCUGGCACAUCAUAUCAGUAUCAUGUUCUACAUUAGCGCAGGCGUGGCCACCGCCAUCUUUGUCCUUGUGGUCAUCGUGUUUCAGGAGAAACCUGAGCUCCCACCCAGCCAGGCCCAGGCACAGGCCAGGAACAUGCAGCCUGACGAGUACUCCUACACAGCCUCCAUCUUUAGUCUGCUGCGCAACAAGCCCUUCAUGCUCCUGGUGAUCAGCUAUGGCUUGAACGUUGGCUGCUUCUAUGCUAUUUCCACACUGUUGAACCGGAUGAUCAUUGAACACUAUCCUGGUGAAGAGGUGAAUGCUGGGAGAAUUGGUCUGACCAUUGUCAUUGCUGGCAUGGCGGGCUCCCUCAUAUGUGGCGUAUGGCUGGACAAGACCAAAACCUACAAACAGACCACCUUGGCUGUGUAUAUCCUUUCUCUAAUCGGGAUGCUGGUCUACGCCUUCACCCUCAACUUGGGUCACCUGUGGGUGGUGUUCGUUACAGCUGGAGUUUUAGGUUUCUUUAUGACAGGAUACCUGCCUCUGGGUUUCGAGUAUGCAGUAGAGCUCACCUACCCAGAAUCGGAGGGGACCUCGUCUGGACUGCUUAACUGUUCAGCUCAGAUCUUUGGAAUCAUUUUCACCAUAGCUCAGGGAAAGAUCAUGGAUAAAUGGGGAACUUUAGCCGGAAACAUAUUCUUGUGCAUCUUUCUGCUAAUAGGAACAGUGCUGACAGGAUUUAUCAAAUCCGACCUCCGACGGCAGAAGGCCAACCAACAGGUUGAGGUGCAGACAGUGAGUCCUGCAGGCUCCCUGUCAUCGGUGCAGGACUACGGGGCCACGUCGUGCGGCAGCCCCUGGCAACGGCAGUCUUGACAUAAACCCACAAGCUCACAAACACCAAAACACACACCUGCCAAGGUAGGGCACACUACAGUGAAACAAAGUGAUACAAACCACUGUCUGUUUGAGUUUGCAAAAAUAGGGGUUUAAUGAUUAUGUACACGAUCAUGUUUGCAUUUACUUGAAGGUGUAACGGGUUGAACUGCAGCGUAUUGUACUCGACUGCACAAUCAGCCCUUUAAAUCGCACAAACAGAUUCUGUGUUAUUGUGGAGUUAAACGUUUAUCUGGUCAUUUCAACUCAUCUGAAGCUCAUUGUGAAAAGAAACAUGAUGAGGUGUACUGAAUGUGAAGAGAUGUUUGUUGCUGAUGUAAUAUUGAUGUGGAACUCUGCUUCCACUUGUCUUAUCACUCAUGUCUGUCCUUUGCAGACAAUUACUGCUGAUCUGGAAAGAGGAAUCUCUCCACCUGAAGUCUUGAAAGAGGGGAGGUUGUGAGGAAGACAGAUAUUUCUCUGUCCAAGAUAUCAGAAUAUCACCGUGUACAGAUUAAAAACAAAUAAGACACAUUAAAAAAAACAGCAAAAACUGACACAUCGACACGCACAAUCAUGCACAAACGACUGAGGAGCUGAAAACUGUGAACUGUAAGUACAUGAAGGCUGAAUCACAGAGAACAGUGUUGCUUUAUGGAGUUCUGUUUGGACUCUGUGAUGCAGAAAUCCACACUGGUAUUAGAUCCCAAACCACCAUGGGGGAAUGCACUUUCAAGGUUUUUACAUCAUGAAAUGAUGGCAUUUUACAUGUCUUGUUAAGUGCAAUGUAUCUGCCACUUUAGUGACUCCAACCUUCAAUCUAACUGAAUUCUUUUCCUAGUUUUUCUUCUGACCGGUGUUAAUGUAGUGUUUUAUGCGUUCGACUGGCAAUAUUGUGUGUAAUUUAAUUCCGUCUUUACAUUGAUGAAGGUGUCUCGUGUUAAUGUUCUGUGUUUAGAAUAUGUGUGUUCAAUGCAGAUUAAGGACUGCGACGUGUUUACCUGUCAGGCAGCCAAGUCACCUUUCGCCUAAUCGAGGCUUUCGUAUCUGUCGCCUGCCGUUCAGGACGACAGUAUUACUUGUGAAUACUUCUGAUUCUCAAUACAAUUGAUGCCAUGCAUCUGAGUUCGCUUUGAGGGGGGGGGGGGGGGGGGGGGCAAUAUUGGCCCCAGUUUACUGUGACUGACCUCUUCAACAAGACACAACAGGCGAGAACAUCUGGAACGUAAAGGAUGUCAGCACAGCGGAAAAUAAGAACAACACAAUGGGAGAUUGAGACUAAUCAGAUCUACUGCCCUUGUCACUUUGCACACUUUUUAUGUGUACUUUUUACUUUUGGUACUGUAGAAUUAUACAAACAGGCGACAAAUCGAAGGAAAAUCCAUCAGAAAUAUGUCUUAGGUGUUGGGCCAGCACAUGCCAGAGUCGGCGUAAUGCAGCAUAGUUCUUGUGGAAAAUAUUACCUAAUUUUGUGUGAGUAAUUGUAGUGGCAAGCAAACAUAACAUGGCCAAAAUCUCCUCUUUAUGUUCAAUGUGGUUAAAUUCUGGUGACUUUAAAGGCUUAACACAUCUUAUUUUCAUAGUCAUUGAGUUUCCCAAGUGUCCAACAGAUGUGGCCUUAUCUGAGGACCACUUUGCACAGUUGUGCACCAAUCCUGAGUGGACCUAAACAGUGCCAAUCAAAUGCCUUCCACAGUCUGUUAGAGCCCAGGGUCAAGGGCUCAGUGGUUUUAGUGUUUUCCUUCAUUUUGUUGCCUGUUUGUAUUUUAUGCUGUGUAACUAGUAUUUGUACAAAUUUUUACUUCAGGUAUUUUUGGGAAGUUGUCUCGAAAUGUUGGUAUUUCAUUAGGACUUUUAUGUGUCUGUGAGACGUUCUAGUUAUUCUUAGGCACUUUAAAGUGGAAAAAAUGAAACUGCAAUACACACUAUGGGAUUUUGAACACUGUACCAAAAACAGAAACUAAAUUAAGAACAAAUCUAUAUAUUUAUAGAUAAAUAAGCCCUAGCUAAAUGUGUCUAUGUAUUUUUGUAUUUCCCCACAAUGUAGCCAUGUUUAAAUCAGGAGAUUUAUGCUUUCUUUAACCCAAAUAUGAGAACAGAGCAAAACAGGGAUUUCAGUCUUUAGCACACAUCGUGCAAAAACACAAUUACACCUUGAAAGACACUUCAAACAAAGGAUUACAAGACUUCAAAAUACAAUUGCCACACUUUUUACAGAAAUAACAAACAUCAAAAAUCAAGAUAUUUUUUAAAAAUUAAGUUUUAUACAAAGUUAUUUGUGCAUUCCCGGGGUGUACAAAUCUUUCACAGCACACAACAAACAUCAAACCAACCUCUGCUGUAUGAUUUUUCUAAUGAGGUGCGUGGUUUUCUACUGCGUAGCCUUCCGAGAUCUUUGGUACAUCUGGGCUUUCUUUGAUUGAAAGACUAGAAAACUGUACUUUCUCUGCUCUGGUGCAAUAAAACAAUCGUGGUGAAGAGAAAAUGUGUAUAGUGGUCAUUCAGCAGCACCACACCGAGACCGAGAAAGAAUAAACUAUCUGUGCUGUUAAGACAACAGAAAACUCCAGAUAUUGCUCUUUUAAAUAUGAAAUCAUUACAAAUUAUAAAGCAGCACACAUUGACCACUGUAUUUUAAGAUAUACACCAAUCAGUCACAACAUUAAAACCACCUGCCUAAUCUGCUGUGUUCCUCUUGUGCCGCCAAAACAGCUCUGAUUCCUCGUGAAGGCAGGGUCUCUGAGGAUGUGCCGUUUGGGAGCACGACAGCAGUGGUUGUCCCCAAAGAUCAGCCUUGCUGGGGCACAUCCUACAAAGGCUCAUUUGGAUUAGGGACUACUAGCUUCUUCCUGUGUUUCAGCACAUCAUCAACUGCAGUCGUGGACCAGGAAUUCCAGGUCCCGGUGUUUCCCGGCAGAAUAUUGUAGUUUCACAAGAUAAUAGUAUUUAUUUGACCUGUGAGGGGUUUUAAUGUUAUGGCUGAUCUCUGUAAAUGUAAAUAGUGUCACAGUAGAAAGUGAAUUUACAUCAGCAUAUCCUGUUCUUCAAGGCAACAA